AUGUCCCGACCCCUUCUCGCUUCUCUUCGUCGACCGUUGCUCACCCGACCGGCUGUUCCCCUCCGACAGACCCCCAUCCAACCCCUUCGACAUGCCUCUACUACCCCUUCCUACCCCUCCGCUCCCAGGCGAUUCAUCUCCUCGACCCUCUUCGUAGCGGGUGGUGUACUGCUCGUAGCAUACUACUACGACUCGAGAUCAUUACUGCAUGAGCACGUGGUCAUGCCUCUUGUCAGACUGGUUCUUGAUGCUGAGCAAGGCCAUAAAAUCGCUGUGAGAUUGUUGAGUCUGGAUAAAUGGGCGAGACCUAGGGAUAUGGGCGUGGACGAUGUUGAAUUGCAGACAGAGCUGUUCGGUCAAAAGAUAACAAACCCUGUUGGGAUAGCUGCUGGGUUCGACAAGGAUGCUGAUGCGAUUGAUGGGUUAUUCGACCUCGGGUUUGGUUAUGUGGAAGUUGGAAGUGUGACACCUGAGCCUCAGCCCGGUAAUCCAAAACCCAGAUUCUUCAGACUGGAAGAAGAUUCGGCCGCAAUCAAUCGAUACGGCUUCAACUCUCUAGGUCAUGGACACACACUAGCACGACUUAGAGCUCGUCUCGUAGCAUUCGCUCAAUCCCAUCCUUCCCUUUUCCCCUCACCUUUACCGCUCAACCCCCUGCCUCCGACGGGCAUACCUCGAUCCCUCCGACCCGGUCAACUGCUAGCUGUCAACUUGGGUAAAAACAAGGUUUCUCCUGCCGAGUCAAACGAAGAUUAUAUCAAGGGAGUCAAGCUAUUAGGUCCCUACGCCGAUGUGAUAGUCAUCAACGUCUCAUCACCCAACACACCUGGUCUAAGAGCAUUGCAAGGUAAAGAAGUAUUGAAGAAUCUCUUAUCGGACGUAGUCCACGAGAGGAACGGUCUGAAAAACUCAGAUGGUCUACCGAAGAUAGCUGUGAAAGUUGCAAGUGACCUGUCGGAAGAUGAAAUUGCCGAUGUGGCUUAUGCGGUCCGAUCGAGUGGUGUCGAAGGAGUCAUAGUCAGUAAUACAACUGUUCGAAGAGGAGAACUUGGGUUGGUAUCGGAUAAACAGGAUGAAAUUGGUGGAUUAUCGGGUAAACCCUUAUUCCCGUAUGCUUUGGAAUCAAUCAAAACUCUUCGACCACUCCUACCGCCCUCUAUACCCCUGAUAGGAUGUGGGGGAGUAUCAACCGGGGAAGAUGCUCUGAAAAUGGCCAGAGCAGGUGCUAGCUUGGUACAGCUGUACACAUCGUUUGGAUACAGGGGUGUAGGUACACCGAGAUUGAUAAAGGAUGAAAUUACAACUCAAUUACAUACAGGUAAAAGCAGUUGGUUAGGACAAGUUGGAAAAGAUUAUAGUAAUGGCCAGAUGGGUUGGGACGAAAAUAGGAUCAAGCGUGAAUCGGAUGAAAUAAAGAAGGAAGCCGAAAAUUUGGGUGAUUUGUUAAGACAUAUCAGCGAAAAGGAGAGCAUGGCGGAUCUGAUCAACAGAGCUGAACAAGCUUUGGGAAGAGGUAAAAGUGAAUCUGUAGCAGAAGGACCAAGAGAUAAUUUGGCUGGAUCGACUUCAACUACGUCUGCAGGAUCGAUCCCUGAUCAAGGAAAUGAUGUUGCUCAAGGUUUGAUAGAAUCUGGUGGUGCGAAUAUACAGCAAGGAGCAGAGGGACAACAACAAGGUAGAUUGAUAGAAGAUACCCCUACUCAGAAUCAAACUCCAUCUUCGAUUCAGGAAGCCCUGAUAUCCACCCCUGAAUCGAUCGAUUUGACACCUCGAUUAGUGAUUGUGGAUCAUCCUCCCAUACCUGAGACUAGAUCAGAUGAGAGGGAAGAUGAAUGGGUGCAGUCGGUGAGAAGUGGGCAGAGGAGACUUGUAUAG